AUGUCUGAACAUAGUCCAUUACUUGCUAAUGGUGAUGAACAUUCAUACAGUGGUGUAAGUAAUGAUGAUCGAUUUUACUUGGGAGUUGAUAAACGUUCACUAUUGGAUACAAAUGAAGCUGGAUUAAGUACAGUUGAAGCUUCACGUCGUCUAAAGGUAUUUGGUCCGAAUGAACUCGUAACAAAGGAAAAAAGUGCAUGGAUUAAACUAGCGGAACAAUUCUGGGGCCCUAUGCCUAUUAUGAUUUGGCUUGCUAUUCUUGUUGAAGCAAUUACAAGAGAUUGGCCUGAUUUCUUAGUUCUUCUCUUCUUACAAUUACUAAAUGGUACUGUUGGAUGGUAUGAAGAACUCAAGGCUGGUAAUGCUGUGGCUGCACUGAAAGCUAGUCUUAAACCUGAAGCACAGGUCAUUCGUGACGGUGUACACCAGACCAUUAAUGCUGCAUUGCUCGUGCCAGGUGAUCGCAUCACACUAUCGGCUGGCGCGGCCGUCCCUGCUGACUGUGACCUGUGUGAGGGAAACCCCGUGCAGAUUGAUCAAGCUGCGUUGACAGGCGAGUCAUUUCCAGUAACUAUGGCUGCUGGUGACAAUGCCAAGAUGGGAUCUACCGUUGUCCGUGGUGAAGUAGAGGCUGUAGUCUCUGCUACUGGUGGUCAGACGUUUUUUGGUAAAACAGCCAGUCUUAUCUCAUCGGUGGACGAAGUAAGCCAUUUCCAAAAGAUUCUGCUUCGUAUUACCAUGUUUCUCAUGGCCAUUUCAUUUGUAUUGGUCGGAUUCUGUCUUGGAUAUUUGAUCUACAAUGGCGAAGACUUUCUUGAAGCAAUUGCUUUUUGUGUUGUGCUGCUCGUUGCUUCCAUCCCCAUUGCAAUGCAGGUGGUAUGCACAUCAACAAUGGCUCUUGGAUCUCGCAAACUUGCCGAAGAAAAGGUCAUUGUUACUCAACUGCAGUCAAUUGAAACACUCUCUGGCAUGAACAUGCUAUGUUCAGACAAAACUGGUACGCUUACGCGCAACAAGAUGGAGCUGCAAGAUGACUUGCCAAUUUUUCACCCGACUGCUACACGAGAAGAAGUGCUAGUGACAGCUGCCCUUGCUGCCAAAUGGAAAGAGCCGCCUAAAGAUGCUCUGGACACGCUUGUACUGAACGCGAUCGACUUGCGUCCGCUUGAUCAAUACACGAUGAUGGACCACAUGCCGUUCGAUCCCUCGGUGAAGCGUACGGAAUCAACGAUCCGUGGACCGGACGGUAAGGUGUUCAAGGUAACCAAGGGUGCACCGCAAAUCAUUCUUGCACUUGCCCAUAACGUUACUGAAAUCCAGGAGGAUGUUGAAGCAAAGGUUUUGGACCUGGCCAAGCGUGGCAUUCGCUCGCUUGCUGUUGGCCGAACUUCAGAAGAUGAAGCUGAGGGUGGCUGGGUAUUCCUUGGUAUUAUGACGUUCCUCGACCCCCCGCGUCAUGAUACUAAGCGUACCAUUGAGCUGGCUCAUCAGAACGGUAUUGGCGUAAAGAUGAUUACUGGUGAUCAGGCCGCAAUUGCUGUAGAAACGUGCCGUAUGCUCGGAAUGGGUACGACUAUUCUGGGCACGGAUGUGUUGCCGACGGCUAACGCGCAGGAUGGUCUCUCAAUGAAUCUGGGCUCGGACUACGGUGCUGUUGUUGAAAGCGCCGACGGUUUUGCUCAGGUAUUCCCGGAGCACAAGUUCUUGAUUGUCGAGGUACUGCGUCAGCGCGGAUGGGUGUGUGGUAUGACCGGUGAUGGCGUGAACGACGCUCCUGCAUUGAAAAAGGCUGAUGUCGGUAUUGCUGUUGAAGGCUCGACAGACGCUGCCCGCGCUGCUGCAGACAUUGUGCUCACGCAGCCUGGUCUGUCUGUUAUCAUCAACGCUAUUACUCUGUCCCGCAGGAUCUUCCAGCGCAUGCGCAAUUAUGUGACGUAUCGCAUUGCUUGCACGAUCCAGCUUCUCAUGUUCUUCUUCAUCUCAGUGUUGCUGUUCCACCCGGACAGCUGCCGCUUCCAGCACUUUAUUCCACACAUUGGAGACUGCCCACUCAACAACAACGAGAGUACGGAAGCUGUAGACCCGUACUUCAAACUUCCCGUCAUUGCUCUGGUGCUGAUUACGAUUUUGAACGAUGGCACGAUUAUUUCGAUUGCCUACGACAAUGUGAUUCCCUCGAAGCGCCCGGAAAGCUGGAACCUGCCCCGUAUCUACUGGGUGUCGACAACGCUUGGUCUGAUUGCUGUUGCUAGCUCUCUUCUGUUGCUCUUCUGGGGCCUCGACUCGUGGAACAAGAACGGCGUUCUUGCGUACUUCGACCUGGGUGAUCUUCCAUACGACCAGGUCAUGAUGAUGAUGUAUCUCAAAAUUUCGCUGUCCGACUUUAUGACAGUGUUCACGGCUCGUACCGACGGACUGUUCUUCACGCGUGCACCUGGUCAUCUUCUUGCACUUGCUGCGUGCUUUGCUACCAUCGUGUCUACGCUUCUUGCUGUGUUCUGGCCCUUCACGGAGAUGGACGCAAUUUCGUUAAGACUUGCAAUUUUCAUCUGGAUCUACUGCCUCGGAUGGUUCUUUAUCCAGGAUCUUGGCAAGGUACUUCUCAUAUUCCUGCUUGAUCACAUUGACCACAUGAACGUCUUUGAGCGUAAGGUUAGUAGCAAGCGGUAUGUGAAGCAUGAAGCCCAGCGCCAGAACCGUAUUCGAAUGGGUUCGACUCUGCUGAACAACGACUCGUUCAUGCGCGGCUCGUUCGUAGCUGGCCGACCAGUGGGUGGUACUUUCGUGGAGCGCAGCAUGACGUUGGAGCAAGCCAUGAACCGCCUUGUGCGCCUGGAGGCUGAAAUGAAGGUCAUUCGUGCCGUCAUUCAGAAUGCCACGAGUACAGCCAAGGUAUAA